UCUGACACAGACUACACCCAGAAAAAGAAGAGCAAGCGCCAUGUUGAAGUCAUCAUUGCCAUCCAGAGCUUUUUUCCUCCUUCAGCUGCUUCUGCUGGGGGUAGGGCGGAGCUCCGGUGUCCUCCUGCCCAGUGGGAAUGAAGACACCAAAGCUGAUUUUUUCCUGACUUCUACCGGCCAUGAACACCUCAGUUUUCCUAUUCUGCCCCUCCCAGAGGUUCAGUGCUUUGUGUUCAAUGUCGAGUAUAUGGAUUGCACUUGGAACAGCAGUUCUGAGGCCCAGCCAACCAACCUGACUCUGCACUAUAGGUAUCAGAGGUCCGAUGAGAAUAAAUUCCGCGAGUGCAGCCACUAUCUGUUCUCAGAAGAGAUUACUUCUGGCUGUCACAUAGAAAAAGAGGAGAUCAUGCUCUACCAGACAUUUGUCCUCCAGCUCCAGGACCCCCAGAGUCCCCAGAGGCGGGCUGAACAGAAGCUAAACCUGCAGAAUCUUGUGAUCCCAUGGGCUCCAGAGAAUCUCACACUUUACAACGUGACUGAGUCCCAGCUAGAGCUGAGCUGGAAGAGCAGAUACAUAGAACGCUGUUUACAAUACAUGGUGCAGUACCGGAGUGACCGAGAUCGAAACUGGACGGAACAGAGAGUGGACUACGAACCUAGAUUCUCCCUGCCUAGUGUGGAUUGGCAGAAAAUGUACACAUUCCGAGUUCGGAGCCGCUUUAACCCAAUCUGUGGAAGUGCUCAACAAUGGAGUUCAUGGAGCCAGCCAGUCCACUGGGGGACCCCUACUUCAAAGGAGAAUCCUUCCUUGUUUGCGCCGGAAGCUGUGCUCAUCCCCAUUGGCUCCAUGGGACUGAUUAUUACCCUGAUCUUUGUGUAUUGUUGGCUGGAACGGGCAAUGCCUCGAAUUCCCACCAUCAAGAAUCUAGAGGAUCUAGUUACUGAAUACCACGGCAACUUUUCGGCCUGGAGCGGCGUGUCUAAAGGACUGACUGAGAGUCUGCAGCCAGACUACAGUGAACGGUUCUGCCACGUCAGUGAGAUUCCCCCCAAAGGAGGGGCCCUAGGAGAGGGGCCUGGAGGUUCUCCUUGCAGCCUGCACAGCCCCUACUGGCCUCCCCCAUGCUAUUCUCUGAAGCCUGACGCCUGAAGCCUCAAUCCUUUGAUGGAGCCUCAGAGUCCAUAGCUCUAAGUGAUGCUACCUUCCCCCUACUCGUCCUGCCAGUCUGGAUCCAAUGCCCAUCGCCUCCCUCUGUGGCUAAUUUUCAAUUGCAUGUCCCAUGUAACAGUUCCUCCACUCAAUAUGCCCUACUUGAGAAUGCCCCUCUCCCCCUCUCCCUGCACAAGCCCACCCCUGCUCACUCUAGCACCUUCCCACUUCUGUUGGAGACAGAGUCUUA